UGAGGAGCCCAAACAUGGAGACGUUCAAGCAGCAGAAGGUGGAGGAUUUUUAUGACAUCGGAGAGGAGCUGGGGAGUGGCCAGUUUGCCAUUGUAAAGAAGUGCCAGGAGAAGAGCACAGGGCUCGAGUACGCAGCCAAGUUCAUCAAGAAACGGCAGAGCCGGGCCAGCCGGCGGGGCGUGUGCCGGGAGGAGAUCGAGCGGGAGGUGAGCAUCCUGCGGCAGGUGCUGCACCCCAACAUCAUCACGCUGCACGACGUCUACGAGAACCGCACUGACGUGGUGCUCAUCCUCGAGCUGUGA